GACCAUCACUUGCCGUCAUACUGUCCCUCGUUCAACUGCUUGCUUGCAACUGGUCCCUGUUUCUUGACCUUGAAUUGACUGUUAUCUACUGAAAACCUUCGCUGAGGAAUCACCAUGCCUCGGGAUCGCUCUCGUUCUGCUUCUCCACGUGCUCGGGACUCUUACCGGCGAAGAGAGACCUCCAGAGAAAGAGAUUAUUCUCGCCGAGACAAGAAGCCAUCUCGUUAUGCGGACGACUCUGACGAUGAAAGGGAUAGGCGAAAGCGUCAACCUGGCGAUAGCAGAGAGCCCGAACGUUCUCCCCGCCGACGUGAGCGGAGUCGUAGCAGAGAUGGUGACAGGAAGGAGAAGAAGCGCAAGAGAGACAAGUCUGACGAACGUAAGGCUCGAAAGGCUGAAAAGAAGAGGAUCAAGGAGGAAGAAGAAGCUCGUCAGAUUGCGGAGCUGAGCGUCUACAGUGCGACCGACAACCCCUUCCACGACGUCAAUCUUGGACAGCAAUUCCGCUGGCACAAGAAGAAUGAGAAGGAAAAGAAACAGGGGCUGUCUUUGGCGGAGGCGCAACGGAAGGAUGCACUUAGGCGACAGGAGGCCAAGGAAGAGUUGGAGAGGUUGAAUAGGCGGCGUGCAGAGCGCGAGGCUGAACAGAGGCUCAGAGAGGAAGAGGAGGUGAGGAUGCAGCGCUUUGCGGAGUCAGCGCAGAUGGCGGAGUGGGUGGCGAAGGAUGGCGACUUUCAGCUGGAACAAGAACGAAGGAGAGCAGCCAUCAGGAUUAAGGAGAAGCGUGCGAAGGCCAUCGACUUUUUGGCUCUCAAUCUUCGGUACGUUAAUCCCGUGGAGGAAGAGGACGAGGAGCUUGGUAUCGAUGCCGGGCUGGAGAUCGACCUUGACGAGCCUUACAACAUUUUCGACUCGCUUUCUUAUGAACAAGUCGAAGAGUUGCACGAAGAUAUCGAACGGUACCUCACGUUGGAGCAGUCCGACACUAACAUUGACUUCUGGACGAACAUGAUGGUCGUGUGUAAGGAUCGAAUUGAACGAAUGAAGGACGAUAAACGCCUGGGAGUUGAAGCUGCCGCCGCAGUGGAAUCAGAUAUCACUGCACUUCUCCAGGGAAAAUCCUAUGAUCACCUCGUCGCUCUGCAACGGCAAAUCCAAGCGAAACUUUCAAGUGGAGAACCUGUAGACACGGACUACUGGGAAGGCUUGCUCAAGAAACUCCUAGUUUGGAAGUCCAAGGCGAGACUGAAGAGUCUGCACGAAGUCGUGGUCCGCAAUCGCUUGGAACAACUUCGUAAACGUCAACGCGACGAGGCUCUGCAAGCACAAGAAGAACUGUUGAACGGCGUCGCGAACAAUGCGGCCCAAGGCAAGGUCCGCGCUCCAGUCGUCGAGGUGGUGAACGAGGCGAAAGCACAGGAACAGCGCGAACCAUACAGUCGCUCUAUGAGCCCAGCUUUGAUCGACAUCACAAAGUUGCCAUACGAAGAACGUCAAAUCGACAUUGUUCUCGAGGCCGAUGACAAGCGUGCAUUGUUCGAACAACGCCGUGCCGUCGCUGCGUCUCGGUUCAUACCCAAGGCACCACAACAACCUGCCGUCGAAGCCGAGAACCUUGAGGCGGCGAGUGGUGCCGACAUUGCUUCCGAGGCGUUGUACAGAGCCGAAGCGGAGAAAGACCUGGACGAGGAAGAAGAACUCUUCAAUCUCGAGGAGAAUAUCGUCAAUCCCACGACGUAUAAUUGGGAAGACAAAUAUCGACCUAGAAAGCCCCGGUACUUCAACCGUGUACACACCGGUUACGAGUGGAACAAAUACAACCAGACGCACUACGACACGGACAACCCACCCCCCAAGGUUGUGCAGGGAUACAAGUUCAACAUCUUCUACCCAGAUCUCAUCGACAAGUCCAAGGCUCCGACGUACAAAAUCGUCAAGGAACCAGGCAACGACGACACGGUUCUUCUACAUUUCAGUGCCGGACCGCCCUACGAAGACAUUGCGUUCAGGAUCGUUAAUCGCGAGUGGGAAUUCUCGCACAAACGUGGGUUCCGGAGCAGCUUUGACCGCGGUUGUUUGUCGCUCUGGUUCAAUUUCCGUCGCAAUUUCUAUCGCAAGUAAAAUUGCUGCUUUGGAGUUCGCCUGCGGUCUACCUCUUCUCCAUAGCACAGAGGACGUUAUUUGCUGCGAUUGUGUAACUGUUUGCUGUUACUUGUAUGUUAUUGGUGUUCCUGCGCAAUGAUGUUACUCAAAA